AUGCUUAGCUACAAUAGUUACAUAUAUCAGCAUUUGGGUUCACAAAUUACAUGGAGGCCUUAUGACGACACUGUUUUAGAGACGCUCCCACCUUUUUGUCUGGCCGUGUUCCACAUUUGGCAAUCGAGGACUACCUUAGUCUGCUUCCACAUUAUUGAGCUCCAUCAUCCCGAUCGUGUACUGCGACAGUUUGGGCUAUUACAGCAUAUACCUGAUGCAGUACUUGCCAUAUCUCGCAUCAAUUCACGAGGUAGAGCAGAUGAGGAUUGGGCGGCAUACCACACUUCAUACAUUCAGCAUUGGAAUGAUAGAUUGAUAGAUAUAGCAGAGGUGGCCCCAGAGAUAGAUCCAGAUCCGAUACGAGCUACCGCUGUUUACAUGCAGUGGUAUUGGACGAUCACUAGGAGGUGGAUCUCUACACCUGUACAGCGGCCACCACUCGCGUAUCAGCCACGUGGGCACGUCAAGAGAGUAUUGGUCGAUAUCGUGCAGAGAUCAUAUUAUACGAUCAGACGUGUCCUGCCCGAUAUUUCAGGAGGUGGAGUCUUAACUACCCUAUCACAGGUCGCCGAUCAGAUGGAAGCAGUUUUGGAGACUUUACCUGCGCUUCCACACUAUGUACCUCCAGGACCAGCAGACUAUGGUAGAGCAUCGACGUCCGGCCAUGCACCCGUAUAUAGUCCACCGAGGCCAUCAUCACCUAUAGAGGAGCCACCAGCACCAGUACCGCAGGAUCCAGCUCGAGCAGGUGAUAUUAUUUAUUUUAAGCGUCGACGACGAUCGAGGUCUAUCCGUACAGAUCUGCCCUCCUCUUCAGCUCCUCCACGGCCAGAUCAGCCAUCCUCUUCAGCUCCUCCACAGCCGGUUAUUGAGGGUGCUGCUAUAGAGCAUCUAGACCAGUUGGAGAUCUUGGAGCCUUUUGAUGAGCAUGAUGUUGGUCGUGGUCGUGGACGUGGUAGGCGACGUGGUCGAGGGAGUCGAGGGAGGAGAACAUGA